AUGUUUCAAGUCAAGCUGAUUCUCACUCUUUUUUCAAUAACGUCAAUCACCGGAUUUGAGCACACUUUUUGCGAUUCCGGAGAUGAUUUCGAGAUUUGUGGAUAUUCUGAUACAAUAACAGCAAUUACACCAUUAACGAAUGGGUCUAAUCUGGUGCUGGAAGUAAAUCGUUUCGUCAACAUCGAUGAAAUGGCCUUUCAUACGGUGAAAGUAGUUGAUAGGCUCGAGCUGUCUCAUCCUAAGCCGGACCUGUGCACUCCAAAAUUCGUGAACAUAUCAGCAUUGGAAAAAAUGAAGGUACGUGGCAGCGUAACAUUGCAGUGUAUCCAGAUUCCACCAAAUCUAGACGUCUUCAGCACCUUUGCAAAGGUUGAAGAAUUAUCGGUAGAGAACGUUAAAUUCAAUGGUUACUCGAAGCUAUUUUACAGAAAUUUCGGAAACCUGAAAAUAUUUACAUUAUCGCAUCAUGACGAUGCGAUUAUAUUACCGAAGAUUUUCGAUGGAGUCCACAGAUCACUCAACGAACUUAGGAUUUACUACAAAAUACGCGACAUCGAGCCAAGAGCAUUUGAAAGAUUUGAGUAUUUGCAGUGUCUGAUAAUAGCGAUGACUGAACUGACUCGUCUGAAAGCUGACAUGUUCGAGGGCCUCAAUGAAUUGGAAUAUCUUAGUUUGGCAAGCAAUAAAAUUACUGCACUACGCAGUAAUGAUUUUAUUAAACUAGUAGAAUUGAAGGAACUCCAAUUGAGUAAUAAUAGAAUCAGUGAAAUUGAAAAUGGAACUUUCACUGGCUUGAAACUUCGUAUACUGAAUUUGGAGAAUAAUCGGUUAAAAAAUCUGCCCACUGAUGGCUUUCAAAAUUUAGAGAGCCUGGAGACUGUGAAUCUUGGAUUAAACAGGAUCAGAACUAUUCCCCUCAAUAUUUUUCGGAUGUGCUUCAAUCUUCAGUGGCUUAAUUUGGAUAAUAAUAAAAUAAAAAAUAUAGAACCCUUCACUUUCUGGGGUUUACACCUCAAUGGGCUUGAUCUAACUCACAACAAAUUGAGGGUUUUGGAAAAUUAUACGUUCAUUGGUCUCGAGGUGCGAGAAUUGAUGGAUCUACGUUUCAAUAAUAUCAACAAAAUUCAACCUCAAGCAUUCACCGGCUUCAUAGCUGAGUCAAAGGUCACACUUUGCAGGAAUAAUAUGACUGAAACCAACGGAAAAGAGUGGGGUGCCAAGAAUAUACAUAUAAACAUCAGCGACAGUUGCUCAUUACCUGUAAACCAAGUAAACAUUACUGAAAACAUUGAAGAAUUAAAAUAA